GGGCCUGGGAGGGGCGGAGCCGCGCCUGAGCCGGCGGCCGCGCUCCGAGCCGGGGCCCAGCCGCCGCCUGUGCCCGCGCGUCGCGGCCCCGGACGCGGGGAUGCUGGGCAAGGGCGUCGGCGGCGGGGGCGGCGGCUCCCGGGCGCCGAAGCCCUCCUUCGUGUCGUACGUGCGCCCCGAGGAAAUUCACACAAACGAAAAGGAAGCAGCAGAGAAGGAAGUCACGCUUCACUUGUUGCCAGGGGAGCAGCUGCUCUGCGAGGCCAGCACGGUGCUCAAGUGCGUCCAGGAGGACUCCUGCCAGCGGGGCGUCUGCGGGAAGCUGGUCUGCACGGACUUCAAGAUCGCGUUCCUGGGCGACGAGCCUGCGCUGGAGGGCGAUGAAACCCAGUUUAAGAAUAAGAUCGUAGGAGCAAAUGACAUCACACUGCACUGUGUGGAUCAGAUUUAUGGAGUGUUUGAUGAGAAAAAGAAAACCCUCUUUGGACAACUGAAGAGAUACCCCGAGAAGCUCAUCAUCCAUUGCAAAGACCUGCGGGUAUUCCACUUCUGUCUGAGGUACACAAAGGAAGAGGAAGUCAAAAGGAUUGUCAGUGGCAUCAUCCAUCACACCCAGUCUCCUAAACGGCUGAAGCGAUUGUUCCUUUUCUCCUAUGCAGCUGCUGCGCACAGCAGCACACCCGCCAGUCCCCAAAAACACACGGUGAUGUUCGACACGCUGGAGGACUGGCGCGGGGAGCUGGAGCGCACCAGAGGCAACAUGAAGUACAAAGCAGUGAGCGUCAACGAAGGCUACAGGGUCUGCGAGAGGCUGCCCGCGUACUUCGCCGUGCCCGCGCCGCUGCCCGAAGACAGCGUGUCGCGCUUCCAGGGCCACGGCGUCCCGAUCUGGUGCUGGUCCUACCACAAUGGGUGUGCCCUUCUGAAGAUGUCCGCGCUGCCCAAGGAGCAGGACGAGGCCGUUCUGCAGACCCACAGGAGCUUCCUGGACGGAGUUUACAGGGUCAUCCACAGGCCACCCUAUGAGAUGGUCAGAACUGAAGACCUGUCAAGCAACUUCCUGUCCCUGCCAGACAUCCAGACCGCGUACUCCAAGUUCAAGCAGCUGUUUCUGAUAGAUAACAGCGCUGAGUUCUGGGACACGGAUAUCAAGUGGUUUUCCUUGUUGGAAAGCAGCAGCUGGCUCGACAUAAUCAGACGCUGCCUGAAGAAGGCGAUCGAGGUCGCAGAGUGCCUGGACGCGCAGAGCACCAACGUCCUCCUCGUAGAGGAGAACGCUUCCGACCUCUGCUGCCUCGUCUCCUCGCUGGUGCAGGUGAUGAUGGACCCGCACUGCAGGACCAGGGCCGGCUUCCAGAGCCUGGUGCAGAAGGAGUGGGUCGCCGGCGGCCACUGCUUCCUGGACCGCUGCAACCACCUGCGGCAGAGCGACAAGGAGGAGGUCCCCGUGUUCCUGCUCUUCCUGGACUGCGUGUGGCAGCUGGUGCGCCAGCACCCCCCGGCAUUCGAGUUCACGGAGACGUACCUGACCGUCCUGUCCGACAGCCUGUACAUCCCCAUCUUCAGCACCUUCUUCUUCAACUCGCCCCACCAGAAGGAGACCAGCACGGGCGGGGAAGGCCUGGAUGUGCCCAGUGCGCCUCUGCACCUGCUCACCGUGUGGGACUGGUCCGUACAGUUUGAACCCGAAGCCCAGACCUUGCUCCAGAACCCUCUGUACGUGGAAAAGCCCAAACUGGACAAAAGCCAGCGGAAAGGCACGCAUCUCAAACACCAGCGACAGCUUUCUCUGCCGCUCACCCAGUCCAAGUCAUCGCCCAAAAGAGGGUUUUUCAGGGAAGAAACGGACCAUUUAAUUAAAAACCUUCUGGGCAAGAGAAUCAGCAAACUGAUCAACUACUCGGAUGAGCUGCAGGACAACUUCCGAGAGUUCUACGACAGCUGGCACAGCAGGGCCCCCGACUACCACGGCCUGCUGCUGCCGCACGUCGAGGGCCCCGAGGUGCGCGUCUGGGCGCAGCGCUACCUGCGCUGGAUCCCCGAGGCCCAGAUCCCGGGCGGGGGCGCCGGCGCCCUGGCCAGCAGCCUCCUGGGGGUGAUGGAGGAGGUGCGGCGCCUGCAGGAGAGGGUGGGCGAGCGGCCCCAGCCGGGGGCGGGGGCGGGGGCGGGGGCGGGGACGCCGGGCCUGCCGCGGAGCGCGCGCCUGUCCUCGCUGUUCCCCUUCGCCCUGCUGCAGCGGCCCUCCGCCAAGCCCCUGCUGCCCACCAGCGGCUGGAAGGCCCUGGGCGGCGAGGACGACCUGGCCACGCGCGAGGACGAGUUUGUGGACCUGGGGGAGGUGUGAGCCGCUGCCGGUGCUGCGGGGAGGAAGCUGGGACGGACGAGGCCGCACGCACACGCCCAUCGGACUGUUGUGGGGGCCCGAGCCCCCGGGGAGCGGCCUCAGGAGAAGAGCCGGCUCUGCUCAGGUCCUGGGAGAGGAGAGCCGUCUCCAGGACCGUCACUGACCCCACACACUGUCACCGGAUCGCCGCAGCCCGUCUACUGGGAAGGGCUCUGGGUCGUUCUCUCUCAGGCCCUCUCGCUGCCAAGAUGACGUGUCCGGGCACCGGGCCCGGUCAGUGUCCCUAACAACGGCUCAGUGCGGGGCAGUCAGCCGUGGAUGUGAGUGGCCCGGGGAGUGUCCAGGGGAGGCACCAGCUGUGUGGCAUUCCCUUCACACGCCCGCACCAUUCCUUCCGCAUCGCUGCCGUCACCAUCCUGCGGGCAGACUCCCCCCCUGCCGCCCACCACGCCACCCUCCUCCCCGCGCUGGUCCUCCAGGUCUGCCCGCUCCGUCCAUCGCCCCGUUCCUCCGUGCGGGUGGCCCGGGGCCUGCUGCUAACCCUGCGGUGACAUGGGGGGCUCUGCCUGCCCAGAGGCGCUGCCGUUCUGGGGCUCAGCGUGCGGGAUUGCUUGCCUUUUCCCAGCCGCACGCCAGGCCUCCCAGCCUUAGUGCCCAGAGCCCUGCGGAUGGCUCCUGCGCCCUCUGGCCCGACAGAUGGUGAGAGACCUCACUGGCCGUGGCCCCCAGGAGGAUUCAGGUGAACAUCAGAGGUGGCGGCUGCCCGAUUGUGCCUCAGCCACUUAAAGCCAUAGAGAACCUUCACUGCUGGCAGCCUCUCGCACCUGCUGUCCUCAUGGCCCGCGUUUUAAAUGCGGGAAGUACACCUCGCAGGGACCCGCUAAACCACGAAAGGAAGAGAAAGAACACGCCUGAGGUCAGGCUGUCUGAGCGGGAAUGUUUGCCCUUCAGGCCACGUGCUGUCCGGUGCAGCCCCCGUCAGUACGUGUUCAGAAGCACUGCGCUGUCCCCGGCGGUGAGGGGCGGGUUUCUCGGGGUGCACGGCUCGUCUUCUGUCCGACCAGAGACUGCAGGGUGCUCCCCGCUCGCGCUGACACGGGAGCCGGGCUGGUGUGAUGGAGGCGGGCUCCUCCACUGGGGGCCAGCCUGGCGGGUGGGUGCAGUGCCCUCGCCCACGAGCCCUCCCCGCUCUGGGCCUGUGCACAGCACUGGCCGCCACUCUCCGCCCGGAGCCUCCGAGCACACGCGGAGCUGUUUGGUUCUUAUUGGAGCGGGAGUGUCUACGCGGUGGCCUCCGGCCUUGGGACCUCAGCAACGUUCAUUCCAGAAACGCCCGGGGCGGCACUUUACACUUCACAGCAUGGUUCAAAGGCACAGGUCACGGCCCCUGUCAUAGCAGCUGAAUGUGCAUUGGAAUAUUUUUCUAUGACUUUAAAAAACUACAGUAGAAAAAUAAGCUGUUAUAACAUGGAAGGUCAUGACAAUUUAUGUAUUUAUAUUUGAAGUCAGAUUUCUAUAAACUUGUAUUUCUGUACAGAAUUCUCAGUGGGUUUAUAUAUUGUGGUGUUUUUAUUCAGAACUGAAAUGUGGGUUAUGCUGAACCGUUAAAGCUGAAAGGAGACCAUUUGCCUUGUGUAAGAUGCUGCACUGUGCACGACAGGAAAUGUCCAUUAACUCACCGCGUAUGACGUCCUGAGUUUGUUCAUACCUCCAAGUUUUUACACUGAAGACAACUUAGCUUUAUUACACGCAAGACUUUUUUUCUAAGGGAAUAAGCUGUUGGGCUAAACCUGUAUAAAUGUGCGUUUUAUUUUUUGAACAUACAAUGGAAGUUUACUUGUAUCUCACUGCACGUGUCUGACUGCAGGAAUUAAAGCACAAUUUACCAGCA